AUGCUGCAAAGCAGCCAAUCGUCGUUUGGUGUGGGAGGAGUUGCGUGCCGCGUUAUAAUCGACUUCUGCAUUCUUCUGGCCAUCGGCGGAGUGAUUCUUUACUACGGUGUCUGGGGUGAACCGCGAAAUACUGGUUUCUUUUGUUAUGAUCCGACUUUGUCGCAUCCGUACCGAGAAUCUUCGGUACCUUCGGCAUGGCUCUACUCUGCCGGCGUUUUCCUUCCUUUCAUAUUUGUUGCAAUGACUGAACUCUCACGAACGAGAAGGUCUGGUGGGAACAUAACUGCAUUUCUGGCGGACUUAUACGCUCACUUUGUCAUUUGGUAUGGUUUCGGCGCAUUGGUGUCGCAAGCCGUUACGUACGUUUUGAAGUUUUACGUGAGUCGUUUGCGACCGCAUUUCUUUGCCGUUUGUAAACCGGACUACACGGCAUUUGCAUCGCUCUGCGAGACGGAUUCGUUCAUCUUGGAUUACAAUUGUACGAACACGGAUUAUUCAGCGAGCGUGUUGCGGGAGGCGUAUCAGUCUUUUCCUUCUGGACAUUCAUCAUUUGGGUUUCAUGCGGCUGCCUUUUUGUGCUUAUAUUUGAGGGAGCGUUGGAGGAAAAACGCUGGGGGAAUUGUUUGGCGUCCAUUUAUUCAGUUUGUUUUCCUCACUGCCGCCAUGAUUGUUGGUAUAUCUAGAGUUAACGAUUUCAAGCAUUUUCCUUCGGAUGUCGUAUCGGGUGCGUUACUGGGUGCCUUGGUGGCAUUAUUCGUUUACUUCACCAUCGACCUCUCUGGACUACGAAAUCAUUACUUGUUCGACAUUCAAGAAAGCCGCUCUUCCCUUACGAGGUCUUAUCCGAAAGAGCCUGAUCGUAUGCCGAGGAACACUUCUCAAGUAGGGCUCAUGGGAACACGAAGAAUAGACAGCAAUUACAAGACAUUUGACUGUUAUGCCGACUCUCUACAAGACGAAUGACCCUUCAAUGUGCAAUGAAAUAAACUUCGAUCCAAGUGAACGUCAUCGAUUUUGACUUUUGUGUUCUUCUGGUUUCCAUGUACAAGUACUGUACAUGGGAAUGCCUCGGCUGAGAUAGGGUAUUGGACAGCUUCGUACGGGAAACAAGUGCCUGCCGUUAUUCGACUCGUGUUCUGACUGAUGGGGGGGAAAUGUUGAGCUGAUGCUUAUUUUCGGGUUGCAAAUUUUGUUGUUGAUUUGGUUUUUUUCUCCCGGAUUCUAUGUCGGUGUAAGAAAGUCCUGCGACGAAAUUGAAGUGUGCAUUCCGGAAAAUUUUCCACGAGUGCUUAUUUUUGUGUUGAAAUUUAUUUAUGAAUACUGUACUCAUCUUUUAUUUAUUGGAUAAUUCUGUCCCGCUUCUGAUAUUUCCGUCUCAAAUGGUUGUGGGUGUUAAGUUCAGUUUUUGUCCGCUUGAAAAUGUGUAUGAAUUCUUCACAUCGAACGUGUGUUCAUUGCCUUCAUUAGUUUUGUAUUUUGUGAACUAAUGGGAUCCACGUGAACAUGAUGAGCAUUUGACAAAAACGUAAUUCUUCGUUGAACAAAACGAAAUUCUGUACUGCCGAAUGUUCAUCGGCGGGAGACAAAAAAAUUCGUGAGGCGUUUACGAACCUUUUUUUUUUAAACCUGGGGCAAGGGAAAUGGUUUUUCUAAUGAGAUGCGAAUGAAACGCGGGUUUAAAUGUUUA